UUAUUCAUAUCUCAUGGAUGCAUGCAUUCAGAGAAGCUGGGCGAUUUUGGGGAUCUCUGUAAUUCCUUGCAGCUUGGACAGAGAUCUGUGAAGUAGGUGUUUACCAGAGUGAAAACUAUAUUGAAGAAAUAGUACAAGAUACAAGUGCGCAGAGAUGGAAUGAGGCUAAGCUUGAUAGGCACAUCAAUGGAAAGGAGGGCGACACAGAGUUUGCAGGGGAUUUUUUCUAGGAGGAGAGGAAGAAGGAUUUAGACUAGAGGAGAGUCGCUUCAGAAUAUAACAUGGCCAGGAAGGUCAAAGAUAAGGCUAUUGGCAUUGAUCUCGGGACAACUUACAGCUGUGUGGGAGUGUGGCAGCAUGACAGAAUUGAAAUUAUUGCUAAUGACCAAGGAAACAGAACCACUCCCUCCAUGGUUGCUUUCACCCCCGAUGAAAGACUUGUUGGAGAAGCUGCCAACUUUCAGAUUUCAACUAAUCCUACCCACACUGUGUAUGAUGUUAAGAGACUCAUUGGAAGAAGAUACAAUGAUCCCUUGGUGCAGUCUGACAAACAAUUGUGGCCCUUCACUAUCAUUCCCGGUAAGAAUGAGAAGCCUAUGAUUGAAGUGACAUAUAAAGGUGAGAAAAAGCCAUUUGCGGCUGAGGAAAUCUCGUCCAUGGUGUUGGUAAAAAUGAAGAUGAUAGCCGAGCAAUACCUCCAGUGUGGUGUGAAGAAAGCUGUGAUUACCGUGCCUGCUUAUUUUAAUGAUUCACAGAAGCGAGCAACUAAAGAUGCCGGUAAGAUUGCAGGGCUUGAUGUCAUGCGGAUCAUCAAUGAACCCACGGCUGCAGCAAUAACUUAUGGCUUUGAUGCAUUGGAAGAAGGAACAAGAAACAUUCUAGUUUUCGACCUUGGAGGAGGUACCUUUGACGUAUCUAUUGUUACAGUGGAAAGAGGUAAGGUUGAAGUAAAAGCUGUUGGAGGCGACAUGCAUUUGGGAGGUGGGGAUUUUGACAAUAGGGUGCUCAAUUAUUGUGUUCAGCUCUUCAACAAAAAGUAUAAAGUGGACAUGGGUAGAAAUCCCAAAGUUCUUCGGAGACUACGCUCAGAGUGCGAGAGGGCAAAAAGAAGUUUGUCUUCGGCAGUAGAAACUGUAAUUGACAUAGAUAGCCUGUAUGAAGGGCAAGAUUUCCACACAAAGAUCAGAAGAGCCAAGUUUGAGGAGCUCAACGCUGACCUAUUUGACAAAUGCAUGCAAUUAGUGAAGCAAUGCCUGCAAGACUCCAAGCUUAGCAAACACCAAAUAAACGACAUUGUAUUAGUAGGAGGCUCAUCACGUAUACCCAAGGUUCAGGAGUUGUUAAGUCAAUUCUUUGAGGGAAAGGAGCUCUGCAAAAGUGUAAAUCCAGACGAGGCAGUUGCUUAUGGUGCAGCUCUGCAGGCAGCUGUACUCAACAAGGAAAUCAUUCACUUAGUCUUGAUGGACGUCACUCCUCUGAGCCUUGGAGUUGCAGUUAGCAAUGGUGUAAUGAGUGUAGUAGUUCCCCGCAAUACUCCCAUUCCUACUCUGAAGGAGAAAUAUUUCACCACAAAGUAUGACAACCAGACAAGUGUAAAUAUUUCAAUUUAUGAAGGCGAGAGAGCUUUGGUUGCACACAAUAAUUUGCUUGGCGAAUUUGUCCUCCAUGGGAUUCCACCUGCCCGGUGUGGGGUGCCAAACAUAAGAGAGUGUUUUCUAGUGGAUGUAGAGGGAAUUCUUACAGUCUCUGCCCAGGAUGUGGGAACAGGGAGAAUCAAUCGAAUUACUGUUACAAAUGAGCGUGAGAGACUGAGCAAGGUGGAGAUAGAUAGAAUGGUGGCUGAUGCAAAGAUAUUCCGAAAAGAGGAUGAAGAAAUGGCAAAGAAGCAUUUGGCCAAAAACACUCUAGAAUGUUAUAUUUGCAACAUGAAAAGUAGGCUAAUGGAGGCCAAGAGCAGGGGAACAAUACAGACACGUGUUGCAGAUGAUAUCAGUGGGGCACUAAAUAUGGUUGAGGAAUGGCUAGAUGAGAAUGACAAUGCAACAAUUGAGAAAUUUGAAGCCAAAUUGAACGAAUUGUCAUUGAAAUGUAAGUGCUUAACAUAAAAGGAAAUACGUAGGUUUUGUCGUCGUUUUAUAGGUAAUUAUAGGUCGAGCAUUGGGCGUUGGAAGAAGCUGGUUUUUUUUUCGGUACCUUUUCUUAGGAAAUAUUUCAAAGAUUGUUAGUUAUAUUUGUAACGUGAAAUGGCCAUUUUAAAAUGGAUACUAUAGAAAUAUAUAAACUGAAUGAUGUUGAUGAGUUUUGUUUAAGAAGUUAAAAAGAAUUGUUUUUAA